UGACAAACGCCGCCCCGCGGAUGGAAGGUUCCCCGGUUCCUCUUAGGCUCUUACAUAAGCCGGUUCAGGCUGCAAGGCCCUCAGGACCCACCGCCAUGAACCCCGUGCAGGCAACUCGGUCCGAAGCAGUAAGGCGCCGUCUGUUAUCGGGCCUGGCCGUCUCGGUCGAGUAGGCAAAUCGCAGCUCACGGAAAAGCAACCGCCAGCAUCUGCCAUGCCCAGCCUCAAACCCCUCUCUCGUCCUCGUCUCUGCUUCGUGCCGUUUGUCUGGUCUUGGUAGAUUAAGAUCGAGCCACCCCCACCCAAGCUAGCUACAUGAUCUGCCUAUGACGAUGCGCGCACCGGCACCAUGAAGCGAAGCCGUCUUCAAUUCGAGUCUAAUGGUGACGCCUCAUCAGCGGCUUCCCCUCAAGAGCCGCGCCCACAUCCUACCCCGGAAAAUGACUCACAGCAGAGCCCAAGGCAUGUCCCCAAAAUCUCGCGCAGGAUUCGUGCCUGCACAGAAUGCAAACGGCAUAAGGUCCGCUGCGAUAUGAAUGUGGGGGAGUCCGUUUGCCAUAGAUGCCGCCGCAUGGGCUUGGAUUGUAUCGUCAACAAGAGCCUUCAGACGUUGCUGGAUGACGAGACGGAAUGGAAGGCCACAAUGGAGCUCGCAAUGGCAGAUUUGCUCCGAAAAGCCCAAUUGCCGGAUCUCACACACUAUCAAGCCAUCAGAAAGUCGACGGAGCCACCAUCCAAGAAAAGGGAUCGACAAGAUUCCACGGUGUCAAUGGAGGAUACGCCUCUUUCGACGGGUCAUGAUGCGGGAACAGAGCCGCUCGAGACCAGCGUGCAAAGAGGAGCACAUCAAUCCGGUACGUCCGACACGACUUUUCAACAACACUCACAAUAUGCCCUUGACAGGGAAGAGAACGGAACCUCCUCACUAGUCACUGCUCCGAUGGGGAGCCUGUACGAAGUGACUCAGUUGAGUGAUAUUCAGACGACAUCACCAGGGAGACAUCAUGCUCCAGAUCGGGCUCUUGUCAGCGAUUUCAUUUCGCGGGGAGUGGUAUAUUUACACGAGGCAGAGGAGUUAUUCUCCUACUUUGAUCAAGUACUUAGCCGUUACCUUUGGGAUGGGAUAUUACUGGACCACAAAGACCUGACCUCUGUGAGGAACUCUUCCUCGAUGCUCUCCGCCGCCAUCUUGGCUGUCACGGCACUUCAUAUGCCCAAGAAAGAACGGACUUUCGAUAUUUGCUAUACGGAGUUUGCUAGAUUAGCAUCAGAAUCAAUGCUAGACAGACACCACACCCUGGAUGAUUUGCGCGCGUUAUGUAUAGGCGCCUUUUGGCUUGCGGACGUAAGCUGGAAGCUGUCCGGGUAUGCAGUCCGGAUUGCCACCGAGCGCAAUCUACACCAGUCUUACCGAAAAGCUAUUCAAGGAUCCCCGGAGCAUAUAGAACAAGCUAGGCUGUGGUAUCUUCUUUAUACCCUAGAGCACCACUUCUCUAUCGCCUAUGGACGACCACCGAUAAUCCAUGAGGAUCAGAGUAUCACGAACCAUAAUACAUUCACCCUUCCUCCUAACGUUCAACAAGGCGAUCUGCGCCUACACAGCCAGGUCGAUUUGUUUAUUAUCCUGACUCGGAUAUAUCACGCCUUUGGGCCUGAUGUUGACCUGGAAGUUCCCGAUAGCCAAUUCUCAACAAUCGAAAAAUUUGAUGCUGAUCUUGAGGACUGGCGGACUUCUUGGUAUCCCCGUCUAGUUGGGAGUCGAUAUGUCGGUGCGUAUCCUUACAGGGCUGUCAAUCUGCAUUACCACUUUUCUCGUCUACAGCUGAAUUCGGUGGCUUUGCGGACCUAUCACUCUUCGAUAUCGACGCGUUACAUGUCUAGUCAGCGAAAGAAACGAGCGAACCUGGCCAUCCAGUCUGCUAUCGACACGCUCUUGGUCGUUCUGGAUGAACCUGAUAUCCAGAGGGCUUUGGUUGGUGUUCCGUUGUACCUCCACAGCAUGAUCACUUUUGCCGCCGUUUUUCUGCUGAAGAUUGCUGCCAAGGGCUGCUCCAACAACAGUUCCAGUAAUCAGGGUCAGCAGAACUCCAUUUCAUCGGCCGGCCUACUCAUCGAUGUCGGGUACGUACGUGAAUUGGUCGGUCGGAUUGUUGAGAUGAUGGUUUCCUGUAGCAAGCGUGCAAGCGAGCAUCACCUCAGUCACCAUAUAGCCCGUGGUCUGAGAAAGAUGCUCACGGGGUUGGAGGAAUGGGAGAAGAGGAACUCUGGAAAUAACCAAUCUCUGGCACACAGUUCCCUUGACAACUCGUCGAUGUUUAAACCUAUUAUAAUCCCUGGGGCUCAGCCUUUGGGCGAACGGGACACCAUACUAAACCAUCCUCCUCCGUUGUUGGGCGUUGCUCCUCUGUCCGCUGAGAGGGGGAACAGCUUCGAUUCCGAGGCAACACAGGCGAAGCAACAGACUGGUCUCUCUGAAGGCUCCGUCGAUCCCAUGAUGGCUGAUCUCUGGGGCUUUGAUGAGGACUACUUUCCAACCGGGGUCUUCGAUUUCCUUCAGUCCCAGAUGCCUGCUUGAAGCGUUACGUCCUCCCGCAGGACAGACAAGGAGAUCUAGACUGACGUGGACUAGUCCUUUGGGAAUCCAGCUCGGUUAAUAAUGAUAUAUAGUGCUCAAGCUCAUACAUUAAAUCCCAAUUGCCUUCUCGACAUGGUCC